CCGAGCGGGGGCAGCGAGGGGAAGGGCGGGCGCUGGGGGUGCCGCGGAAGUCGCUCCCCGCGGGGAGAGUACGACCUCCUUCCUCCUCUCUCCCCGCCUGGCUCGUACACACACACACACACACACACACACACCCCAAACUCCACCCCCAGGCGCCUCCCCGGCCCCUGCUAGGUUGGGCUGCUCCAGGAAGUUUCCAUGAAAGCACCAGAAGUACUAAGUUACUCUUUCCAGGUGAGCGCGGAUGAGAAAGCGCCUGGCCAGCCCUGGUGAGUUGCAGCCCAGAGCUCUGGGCUCUGCUGGCAGGAAGAAGGCAAGCUGAGGAGGUCUUUGGACCCGGUGGCGUGGCUUUCACCCUCAUGGCUUCGCACGGGGGCCCCAGCAGUGACUGCUCCUAUGUCAUCGAUCACACCCACGUCCCCGAGUUCGAGGUGGCCACCUGGAUCAAAAUCACCCUCAUCCUGGUGUACCUGGCCAUCUUCGUGGUGGGCAUUCUGGGGAAUAGUGUCACCAUUCGGGUCACCCAGGUGCUGCAGAAGAAAGGUUACUUGCAGAAGGAGGUGACGGAUCACAUGGUGAGCCUGGCUUGCUCGGACAUCUUGGUCUUCCUCGUCGGCAUGCCCAUGGAGUUCUACAGCAUCAUCUGGAACCCCCUGACCACGCCCAGCUACGCCGCGUCCUGUAAGAUUCACACUUUCCUCUUCGAGGCCUGCAGCUAUGCCACGCUGCUGCACGUGCUGACGCUCAGCUUUGAGCGCUACGUUGCCAUCUGCCACCCCUUCAGGUACAAGGCCGUGUCGGGGCCCUGCCAGGUGAAGCUGCUGAUUGGCUUCGUCUGGGUCACCUCCGCCCUGGUGGCGUUGCCUCUGCUUUUUGCCAUGGGAGUCGAGUACCCCCUGGUGACCGUGCCCAAUCACCGGGGUCUCUCGUGCAACGUCUCCCGCACGCGGCACCACGAGCGGCCGGAGACCUCCAACAUGUCCAUCUGUACCAACCUUUCCAACCGCUGGACUGUCUUCCAGUCCAGCAUCUUCGGCGCCUUCAUCAUCUACCUCUUGGUCCUGGUCUCUGUGGCGUUCAUGUGCUGGAACAUGAUGCAGGCGCUUCUGAGGAGCAGCCAGGGCACGCUGGCCGGGAAGGGACAGCGGCCGCAGUUGAACAAGUCGGAGAGCGAGGAGAGCAAGACAGCCAGGAGGCAGACCAUUAUCUUCCUGAGGCUGAUUGUUGUGACCUUGGCUGUCUGCUGGAUGCCUAACCAGGUGCGGAGGAUUAUGGCCGCAGCCAAACCCAAGCACGACUGGACAAAGUCCUACUUCCGGGCAUACAUGAUCCUCCUCCCCUUCUCCGACACCUUCUUCUACCUGAGCUCGGUCAUCAACCCGCUCCUGUACAACGUGUCCUCGCAGCAGUUCCGCAGGGUGUUCGGGCAGGUGCUCCGCUGCCACCUGACGCUGCCGCAUGCCAACCACAGCAAACACCUGCGUGCCCGCGUCACCUCUGCUGCGGACAGCGCUCGCUCGGCACGCCGCCCCCUCAUCUUCACCGCUUCCCGGUGCAGUUCCUCUGCAAGAACUAACAAGGUUUACUUGAGCACUUUCCAGAACGGGGGCGAGCCAGACUCCAAGCCCCAGCAAUUGAGUCUUGAGGCAGCAGAACCCAACGUGCAGAUGAAACCACCCAACUCUGCGGCAGGGAAUGGUUUUCAGGAACAUGAAGUGUGAAUGUCAACUAUGGAAGCCUUGAGGACUAACCGGCGCCCCCAAUGAAAGCAACAUGAUCCUGACACACAAAGUGACAAAAUAAACCAUGCCCCUAUGAGGGACAGG